AACAAAAAGUAUUCUCGGAGAUACUCUUAGACUGAAGGCACAUAUCAUACACAGUUACCCUUUUUUUGGACAAAACACAGUUACUUAAUGUUCAACCUUCAUAAAGGUUUAACCAUUACUUGUUUCUGAGAAGAGUAACAGCAUUGCUCGCGCUUCCAUUUAACGUGUUGCAUGUUCUCAUAUUAUAGCACUAUUCUUUUCAAUUUUGUUUCAUUUUGGGUUGCAAAUUCCUUAAUAUGAUUAUGAUUUUCAGCAAGAGCUCUCAAAUAACAGCUUCUGAUGCUAAUGAGAGCAAGAUAGUUUCUCUGUUACUACUUCAAACAGAUACACUAAGCCAUAUAAAUAUAAAUAAAAUAAUAAUUUCAAAUAAAACGGUGGAGUUACAUUUUUAAGGAGAUGCAGAUGCCCACUCCAAUAACUUUUGUUUUAUUUUGUGAUAUUGAAAAGAUAUAUAAAUAGUUAAAUACCAAUAGUUAAUUUAGUGGAUGUGUUUGAUAAUGGCUCCGGUUUCGGAUCUGUGGAUCAUUGAUGCAGAUAAAUAAAUAAAAACAAAAAACGAACAAUGUGAAACCAAAAGCAUAAUUUUCUUGGGCGUUGAAAGAGUUUGUCAGUAGUCAGAAAACUCAAAGGGGCAAAAGGAGAGAGUGGAUUUGGUUUAAGUCAACAACUUGUUUUCAAUUAAAAUGUGACUGCUUGUGGAGUUGGCCUCUCUUGCAUGUUAGGCAUCAUCACAAUCUUCCAAAUUCCUUUAUUUUCUAUAAAUUAAAAAAAAAAAAUACAGUUUAUAAAAUGAAUAAGAUUAACAAACAAAAUAUAUAUAUGAAUAAGACAUUGAUGAAGCAAUUUACCUACUAAAUACAUUGAGCCAGUUGGGAUUUAAAAUAAAAUUGCUAGCCAGAAUAUGAUAAUAUAUAAAAACAAGACUCACAUGUUAACGAGCAAACUUCAACGUUCAAACUAUAUAUUAUAAUUAACACCGGUCAAAUCUUCUGAAAUGAGGAGCAAGAUUCAAUGCAACCAAUUAUAAAAAAAGAAAAAACCUUAAGAACAUUACAAAAAAAAAAAGAACGAAAUAAUUUUCUUUAAAAAUAAGAAUAAAAAUCGGUGUGAAUAAAAAAGGGACCCCACAGAGAAACUUCAACCCAUGCAAAGGGUCCAUGGACGAGAGAACAAUAAUGACGUGAAUCACCUGUAAUUGUAUACCUCCAAUCAUUUGCAAACCCCAUAAAUAUAAAUCCUAAAAGCUUUCAUUUCAUUUUUGUAAAAAAACGCGAAUCAUAUAAAAAAAGAAAAAUAAAAACCCUUAAAAGACGGUCUUCACUUUUUGCAUAUUUCAACGCAAUUGCUAGAAAUUUUUACUCUGUUUUCCUUUUUCUAUUUGUUUAUUUUUUUUUCUCAUUGUUAUUUUUUUUUUCUUACCCUCCCAAACCAUUUGAAAACCCCGAGAAAUAGAGAAACACACACCUCUUUUUUCUCCUCUGCUUCACCGAUGAGCUAAUUAGAAAUUAACAAAAGCUGAAAUCAUCAUUUUUAGCAGUUUCAAAAUCAGUUUCAAAAAUCAAAACCAAACCCAUUUCAGUUUCAAGCUUCUUGGUCCUCUUCAGCUCCUUUGGAUUCUCGUUUCUUGUCGAUUCUGAAUCUCGGUUUCUCCGUACAUCUCAAAGGAAGGGGAAAAAAAACUUUAAAACUACGGUUCUGGGUUUUAGCCUUUUUCCCCUGAAAAGGUUGGAUCUUUAACAGCUGGUCGUAUCUGCAUGGUUCAAUCUCAAUCUGGGUCUUCCUUCCUUCUUCCCUUUUUUUUAAUUUAAUCAUUUUAAAAAUGGGUACUUUUUGUCAGAUUCUCUUACAAAUCUAAAGCUCUUGUUUUUAGUCCUUCCGAUGUGUUCUAUACACUCUCUCCUUUAGAUCUGUUUCUUGAUCCAUCUCCUUACUCAAAGCUACUGAAACAGUCUUCUUAAAGGUCAGAUCACUAGAUUGAGCCUCUGAUGAUGCAAACGGCGUCGUAUCUUUGCAGGGUUGUGUUUGUUAUGUGUUGUGUUGGUGGAAAUUGCUGAAACUCUUUCUUGUCAAUGGGAUUGUGCCUUGAAGGUGUUCGUAGAAUUGCCUGAGUGAAUAAUGGGAAACGGAACUUCCCGCGUUGUCGGCUGUUUCGUGCCGUCUAACGACAAAAACGGCGUUGAUUCGGAGUUUCUUGAGCCUCUAGACGAAGGUUUAGGGCAUUCCUUUUGCUACGUUAGGCCGAGCAUCUUCGAGUCUCCGGACAUCACUCCUUCUAACUCGGAGAGGUUCACUAUUGACUCAAGCACGCUUGACUCUGAGACUCUCAGUGGAUCAUUCCGAAACGAGGUCGUGCUUGAUGAUCCUUCGUUCUUGAACAGACACAACAGUAAAGGUUUGGGGGAGACGACAUUUAAGGCGAUCUCAGGUGCUUCGGUUAGUGCCAAUGUGUCUACAGCUAGGACUGGGAAUCAAACGGCGUUGUGUUCAAGUGACGUGUUGGAGCCUGCUGCUACAUUUGAGAGCACGUCUUCUUUUGCUUCAAUUCCUUUGCAACCACUCCCUCGUGGUGGUUCCGGACCGUUGAACGGGUUCAUGUCAGGGCCUUUAGAGAGAGGUUUUGCGUCUGGUCCUUUGGAUAGAAACAAUGGUUUCAUGUCAGGGCCUAUAGAGAAAGGAGUCAUGUCUGGUCCUCUUGAUGUAUCUGAUAAAUCUAAUUUCUCGGCUCCGCUUUCUUUUAGACGUAGAAAGCCUCGGUUUCAGCGGUUUAUGAGGAGUGUAAGCGGACCAAUGAGAAGUACAUUAGCAAGAACAUUCUCCAGAAGGUCUGGAGGUGGUUUAAGCUGGAUGCAACGCUUCUUCUUGCAUCCAGAGAGUAGAGUGUCUUGGCCUGGGGGGAAAGAAGGUAAAUUACAUGGUGAAGACCACCCGGAGAGUUGUCUAGAGAGCAACCGUCACUUGCAGUGGGCUCAUGGGAGAGCUGGAGAAGACAGGGUUCAUGUUGUGCUUUCGGAGGAGCAAGGAUGGCUCUUCAUAGGGAUAUAUGAUGGGUUUAGUGGACCGGAUGCUCCGGACUUCGUGAUGAGUCAUCUGUACAAAGCUAUAGACAAGGAACUGGAAGGUCUCCUCUGGGUUUAUGACGAGCCAUCUGAAGAUAAUCCAUUGCAGCCAGACCAGGAAUCUCAUUCUACUACACAGGGUAACUUGUUAGUUCCUGAAACUAUCAGUGAGCAGCAUUCAAAGUCAGCACAAGAAGGAAGUGAAGAGGUUAUGACUGAUAAUAACAGUAGCCUUGAAAAUGCCGAUGGUCCACCUGGAAAUUUAGCAGGUCCUGGCAAGAAAAGCACGAGGCUUUACGAGCUGCUUCAGUUGGAACGGUGGGAUGGAGAAGAAGUGGGACUUAAACAUUCUGUAAGUGAUAUGACCAAUCAGGUUGAAGAUGCAUCAACUUCAGGUGGAAAUGAUCCGUGUACCACAGAGAACACCGUUCUUGAUGAGAUUCCAAACUCAGGGCAAAUCCAUGGGACUAAAAAAUCACAGAUAAGCUCAAAGAUAAGAAGAAUGUAUCAAAAACAAAAGUCUUUACGGAAAAAGCUGUUCCCAUGGAGUUAUGAUUGGCACAGGGAAGAAGAAGGGACGACUUGCGUUGAAGAGAAGAUCGUAGAGUCAUCAGGACCGAUUAGGAGACGCUGGUCAGGAACCGUAGACCAUGAUGAUGUGCUAAGAGCAAUGGCAAGAGCACUAGAAAGCACUGAGGAGGCUUACAUGGAAAUGGUGGAGAAGUCCCUUGACAUAAACCCGGAGCUUGCGUUAAUGGGUUCAUGUGUUCUCGUAAUGCUAAUGAAGGAUCAAGAUGUUUACGUGAUGAAUGUUGGUGAUAGUCGAGCUAUCUUGGCUCAGGAAAGGCUCCAUGAUCGUCAUUCUAAUCCAGGGUUUGGAGUUGAGGAAGGUAUGGGGCAUAAGAGUAGGUCGAGAGAGUCGCUAGUGCGUAUGGAACUAGAUAGAAUAUCAGAAGAAUCUCCAAUACACAAUCUAACCACUCAGAUUAGUGUCUCAAACAAAAACAGAGAUGUAACUUCUUACCGGUUAAAGAUGAGAGCUGUUCAACUCUCAAGUGACCAUAGCACAAGUGUAGAAGAGGAAGUUUCAAGAAUUAGAUCAGAACAUCCAGAAGAUGAGCAGUCCAUACUCAAAGACAGAGUCAAAGGCCAGCUCAAAGUCACUCGAGCUUUUGGUGCUGGUUUUCUCAAAAAGCCGAGUUUCAAUGAAGCUUUGCUUGAGAUGUUCAGAGUAGACUACAUUGGAACAGAUCCGUAUAUCAGCUGCGAACCGUGUACUGUCCAUCACAGGCUCACUUCAAGCGAUCGGUUCUUGGUUUUAUGCUCUGAUGGAUUGUAUGAAUACUUCAGCAACGAAGAGAUUGUUGCUCACGUGACUUGGUUCAUUGAAAACGUUCCUGAUGGUGAUCCUGCUCAAUACCUCAUUGCAGAGCUUCUCUCUCGUGCAGCCACCAAGAACGGGAUGGAGUUUCAUGAUCUGUUGGAUAUACCUCAAGGAGAUAGAAGGAAGUACCAUGAUGAUGUAUCUGUGAUGGUUGUGUCUCUUGAAGGAAGGAUUUGGCGAUCGUCUGGACAAUAUUAUCCUGAGAGAAAACCAAAAUUCAAUAGAUGAAUUUAACAACCAGUUGAACAAAAAAAAAAAAAUUAAGGUGUAAUUGGGUUAUUGUUUUCAAACAAUCUUUCAAUUUCGAAAAAGUAAAAGAAGGAAAGGUCUAAGUCUAUUUA